AUGCCGGGCAGGAUCCCCCUCACGGCCCGCAGCGAGAUGGCGGGCGGGGCCGCCGCGCCAAGGGAGCCGCCGGAGCGCGAUGGGUCCGGCCGGGCUGCGCGGACUUCUAGCAGGAGUCCCUGUUGCUUUGGGAAGCACAAUGACCAUCUCAGAGCUCUGUUUGGAGGAGAGGGUGUAGAAAGUCUGCUGCCACUGCACUCUCUGGAGCCUUCCCUCAGCUGGAGAAGCACAGAGGCCAUAAACCUGUGGUGGUCGGGUCCAGCAGCUGGGAAGCAGCAGGUAAAAAUGGUGCAGAAAUACCAGUCCCCAGUUCGAGUCUACAAAUACCCAUUUGAACUCGUCAUGGCAGCCUACGAGAAGCGCUUUCCUACCUGCCCAGAGAUCCCAGUGUUCCUGGGCAGGGACAAAUCGGAAAUGGAAAGCAGCGGUAUGGAGGCCUACACGACGGGUUGCAGAAGCUAUGAAGGAGAAGGAGGGUCUAGGACAAUUCGCUGA